AUUCAUUUAAUAACAUCAAUGUUUGUUAUCAAAUACGGAAAAGUUUAUAAAGUAGAACGUUGAAUUAUAUUCAAGAAAUAGAAAGUUCCGUUAAAGUGAUACUUCUACGAUAUAUACGUAAACAGUAUUUUAUAAAAUCUAAAAGUUAAUCUAAUGAGUAAUAAAUAGAGAAUAUAAUAAGAAAACCAUCUGUUAAAUAGAUAUAUCACUUAACAUACAUUUAUGAUGGCAGAAAUGAAAGUGAAUGAAGUUCGUACAAUGGGUGAUGGAAUGGACAACUCUCUACUGUGUUUACCUGAAGCUCUGAACAGUGCUGUAACAUUUAACUUACAUCUCAAAUCAAAGAAACUUAUCAAAUCGUUUCGUCCAGUGAUACCAGAAAAUGCCAAAAUAUGUCUAGUGCCAAAGUAUAUUCCCAAAGAACAGAAAUUACCAAAAUAUUUACUAAAGAAGCCCAAAGAACCUAAGUUUAUUCCCUAUGAACCUUAUAAAGCAGCAGUUGAGCCAAUUGUGCCUUUGAAAACUAAUCAUAUUGUGUCAGGCAAAUCUUCUAAAAACAAUAUUGAAAUUCAGAAACUUGUGAAUCAAAUGGCUGAUAUGAGAGCAGCUGAAAUGGAUAAAUUGAAGUUGUCUGUGCUAGAGGAUAGAGAGAAUUUUAUAACCAAAGAUGUUUGGGAAAAACAGAAACAAUCAUAUGAGAAUGACAUAAAAAAUUUGAGAGAGACCAAUUCACAUUUGGAAAAUCAACUGAAAUUUCAAGCUCAAGUAAACAGCGAGUUAAAAACAUUACUAGUUGCAGCUGUAGGUGAAGACUUGGAAAGCAGAGUUCAACAUUUGACUGAAGAUAAGUUGCAACUAGCAAGAGCUUUAUUAAACUCUGCAAAUCAUUUAACAUCACAUCAAGAACAAACUGAGUGGCUUUCCGGACAAUGUGAGGUGUGGAGAAGCAAAUUUUUAGCUUCAAGUUUAAUGAUUGAAGAAUUGGCUCAUUGGAAAUCAGCUUUGACAACUAGAAUAAAUGAGUUACAGAAUACAAUUAGGACUUUGUUAGAUGAAAGCACUUACUCACAAAAACAGUCCUUGAAUGCUUAUUGUCAUUUAGUGUGCAUUGCUGAUAAAUUGAACGAACACAGUGAUCAAUUCAAAUUAAAAUCAGCAACAUAUGUUGAAUUGACCCAGACAAAUUAUAAGUUGUCUGAUAAAAUUUAUAAACAUUUAGAUGUGCCACAUGAAAAUUUUAAUAAGAUGUAUCACCAAUUAUUAAAAGUAGAAAGCAAUACAUUAGCAGAAAAGAAUGCUCAGAAAUUACUUCAAAAUCCUGUUAAAAUUACAAAUAAAGAUGCAAUAUGUAAUGCACUGGUUGGAGCAGCACAUGGAGAACAGAUUUAUUUACAGAAUACAUCUUUUCACACUGCAUGCUGUGGACAUUGCAAGGGUGAUAUUCAAAAUAUUUGACAAAAAUAAUACAUUUAGGUUUAUAUUUAUUUAUUUUAUUAAACAUUGUAUUUAUGUAAAUGUUAUUUUUUAAUAAGUAAAUAAAAUAUAAGUUAAAAAUGU